AGAACUAGCGGUCGUCCGUGGAUCUCGCGCUCUCAGAAUCCAUCGCGUUUCUCCAAUUCGAUUCGUGGAUUAGAAAAAAAGGAGGAAUCCGUGGGAAAAAAGGGUAAACAAUUAAUCCAAGUCUUACUUUUUCCGCCGCUCCUAGAAGAUCGAUCAUAGUAUAGAAGGCGACUGCGGUGAGGCGGAUCACAGUUCCAAGACAUAUCGCAGUCUCUGACUUCCCGCCCAAGCGGCCAAGCCUGUUCGGCGCGGCGGUGUGCUGCAACUACAAGGUAUUCGGCGGAAGGGAGGAAAAAUCUACGAUAAAGAGGAAACUGAGCGAGGGAUUGGAGCUUGAGGCUCUUUGGAGCCAUGGGUUUCGAGCCGUUGGUAUGGUACUGCAGACCAGUGAAGAAUGGAGCAUGGUCGACGGUGGUCGAGAAUGCUUUUGGUGCCUACACGCCUUGUGGCAUGGUGAGCUUGGUAGUCUGCAUAUCUCAUUUGGCCCUUUUUGCUGUCUGCUUCUACCGGAUAUGGAGGACUAGGGGAGACCUCACCGUCAAGCGCUACCGUCUAAAGUCUCCAUAUUACAACUAUUUGCUGGGGCUACUCACGUUGUUCUGCAUAGCAGAGCCAUUGUUUAGGCUGGUAAUGGGUCUGUCAAUUACAAAUUUGGAUGGGCAAACAAGCCUAGCUCCCUUUGAGGUUGUUUCACUGCUAAUUGAGUCUGCAGCUUGGUGCUGUGUGCUUGUGAUGGUAGGAUUGGAGACAAAAAUCUAUAUUUGUGAAUUCCGGUGGUACAUCCGUUUUGUAAUGGUCUAUGUUCUAGUGGGAGAGAUUUCCAUGUACAACCUGGUGCUCUCAGUGAGAAACGACUAUGACAAAUCAGUUUUGUUUCUAUAUACCAGCGAGAUUGCAGCCCAGUUCUUGUUUGGUAUCCUUUUGCUGGUCUAUAUUCCCAGUUUAGAUCCUUAUCCUGGAUACACACCCAUCAGAUCUGAUACAUCUAUUGAUGAUAUGGACUACGAACCACUUCCUGGAGGAGAGCAGAUUUGCCCUGAAAGGAAAGCCAAUUUAAUUUCGCAAAUUUUCUUUUCAUGGAUGACUCCUCUGAUGCAGCAAGGCUUUAAGAGGCCCAUUACUGAGAAAGAUGUUUGGAAAUUAGAUUCUUGGGACCAGACAGAAACAUUGAACAGCAGAUUCCAGCAAUGUUGGGCUGAAGAAUCUAGGAAACCUAAACCUUGGUUGUUGAGAGCACUCCAUCGCAGCCUUGGAGGAAGAUUUUGGCUAGGUGGCUUUUUCAAGAUUGGUAAUGAUGCGUCGCAGUUCGUUGGUCCUCUAAUAUUAAACCGUCUUUUACUGUCAAUGCAACAAGAAGAGCCAGCAUGGCAUGGCUACAUUUAUGCUUUCUCAAUUUUUGCAGGGGUGGCAUUGGGAGUAUUAGCAGAAGCACAAUACUUUCAGAAUGUUAUGCGAGUUGGUUUUAGAUUGAGAGCUACUUUGGUUGCAGCUGUGUUUCGGAAAUCACUAAGACUGACUCAUGAGAGCCGUAGCAAAUUUCAAUCAGGAAAAAUAACCAACUUGAUGACAACUGAUGCAGAAACACUUCAGCAAGUGUGCCAACAGCUUCACAGUCUGUGGUCAGCUCCUUUUCGGAUUAUCAUUUCAGUUCUUCUUCUGUAUCAGCAGCUGGGUGUUGCAUCUCUUGUCGGUUCAUUGGUGCUGGUUCUUUUGUUUCCUAUACAGACGUUGGUGAUAAGCAGAAUGCAAAAACUUUCUAAGGAAGGUCUGCAACGUACAGACAAGAGGAUUAGUCUCAUGAAUGAAAUAUUGGCAGCUAUGGACACUGUGAAAUGUUAUGCAUGGGAGCAGAGUUUCCAGUCAAAGGUCCAGACCGUCCGCAAUGAUGAGUUGUCAUGGUUUCGUAGUGCUCAGCUAUUAGCAGCGUUCAAUAGUUUCCUUUUGAACAGCAUUCCAGUUUUCGUUACAGUUGCCUCAUUUGGGGUCUAUUCACUUUUAGGAGGAGAUUUAACACCUGCAAAGGCAUUUACAUCACUUUCUCUGUUUGCUGUGUUAAGAUUUCCUCUCUUCAUGCUGCCAAAUUUGAUAACUCAGGUUGUGAAUUGCAAUGUGUCACUCAAACGUUUAGAGGACCUACUUCUAGCUGAAGAGAGGAUUCUUUUGCCAAAUCCACCUAUUGAAGCAGAUCUGCCUGCCAUCACAAUUAAGAAUGGAAACUUCUCUUGGGAUUCAAAGGCAGAAACUCCGACACUAUCAAAUGUCAAUUUGGAUAUACCUGUUGGUAGUCUAAUUGCAAUAGUUGGAAGUACCGGGGAAGGAAAAACAUCUUUAAUAUCGGCCAUGCUUGGGGAACUACAACCAGUAGCUGGAUCAGAUACCUCAGUGACCAUUAGGGGGACUGUUGCCUAUGUUCCUCAAAUUUCAUGGAUAUUCAAUGCCACCGUGCGAGAUAACAUAUUGUUUGGAUCACCUUUCCAACUAUCACGCUAUGAGAAAGCAAUUGAAGUUACUGCUUUACAGCAUGACCUUGAUUUGCUCCCAGGUGGUGAUCUUACAGAGAUUGGUGAAAGGGGAGUGAAUAUAAGUGGUGGACAAAAGCAAAGAGUUUCUAUGGCCAGAGCAGUAUAUUCUGAUUCAGAUGUGUAUAUAUUUGAUGAUCCUCUGAGCGCAUUGGAUGCUCAUGUUGGUCGACAGGUUUUCGAUAAAUGCAUCAAAGACCAACUUAGAGAUAAAACUCGUGUCCUGGUAACUAACCAGUUACAUUUUCUUCCAAAUGUGGACAAGAUUAUCCUGGUUAAUGAAGGGAUGGUGAAAGAAGAGGGUUCUUUUGAAGAACUCAGUGCCAAUGGAACCCUUUUUCAAAAGUUAAUGGAAAAUGCUGGGAAAAUGGAAGAACAAGUAGAAGAAAAACAAGGAGAAAAUGCUGAAGCACCUGAAAAGCUAUCUGAAAAUGGACAGGUGACGCUGAAUCCUUUGUUGAAGAGUGAAGAGAAACCAAGUAAAGAAAAAGAAGGGAAGUCAGCACUUAUUAAACAAGAGGAACGUGAAACUGGUGUUGUUAGUUUGAAGGUUCUUACAAGGUAUAAAAAUGCUUUGGGUGGAUUGUGGGUUGUCGUGAUACUAUUCUCUUGCUAUGCUUUGACUGAAGUUCUCCGAGUUUCAAGUAGCACAUGGUUAAGUGUCUGGACAGACCAGAGCUCUCCAAAGGACCACGGACCAGGAUUCUAUAACCUGAUUUAUGCUAUGCUUUCUUUUGGUCAGGUACUUGUGACUCUGACAAACUCGUAUUGGCUCAUUGUUUCAAGUCUUUAUGCUGCAAAGAGGCUGCAUGAUGCUAUGCUUCAUUCCAUAUUAAGAGCUCCCAUGGUAUUUUUUCACACCAAUCCACUUGGACGCAUAAUUAAUAGGUUUGCAAAAGAUCUCGGUGAUAUCGAUCGCAAUGUCGCAGUCUUUGUUAAUAUGUUCCUAGGACAAGUCUCACAGCUUCUCUCAACUUUUGUUUUAAUUGGCAUCGUGAGCACUACAUCUUUGUGGGCAAUACUGCCGCUUCUGAUUUUAUUCUACGCUGCCUAUUUGUAUUAUCAGAGUACUGCACGUGAAGUAAAGCGUCUUGAUUCUAUCACCAGAUCUCCAGUUUACGCACAAUUUUCUGAAGCAUUGAAUGGUUUAUCGACCAUCCGGGCCUACAAAGCUUAUGACAGAAUGGCCAACAUCAAUGGUAGGUCAAUGGACAAUAAUGUGAGAUUCACACUUGUUAACAUGAGUGCUAAUCGGUGGCUUGCCAUUCGGUUGGAGACGCUGGGAGGUGUUAUGAUAUGGUUCACAGCAACUUUUGCUGUUGUGCAAAACCAACGUGCAGAAAAUCAAAAAGCAUUUGCAUCUACAAUGGGUUUACUUCUUACUUAUGCUUUGAACAUCACCAACCUAUUGACAGCGGUUCUAAGACUUGCAAGUCUUGCUGAAAAUAGUUUAAAUGCUGUUGAGCGAGUUGGAACAUACAUAGAAUUGCCUUCUGAAGCUCCACCUGUAAUUGAAAAUAGUAGACCUCCUCCAGGUUGGCCUUCUGCCGGAACUAUUAGAUUUCAGGAAGUUGUGCUUCGUUAUAGGCCAGAGCUUCCCCCUGUUCUUCAUGGCAUAUCAUUUAAAAUAGAAGGGAGUGAAAAAGUUGGAAUUGUUGGUAGGACUGGGGCUGGAAAAUCCAGCAUGCUUAAUGCUUUGUUUCGUAUCGUGGAACUUGAGCAAGGACAAAUAUUUAUUGAUGAGUAUGAUGUUUCUAAAUUCGGUCUAUGGGAUCUGCGUAAAGUCCUUGGCAUAAUACCACAAUCGCCGGUUCUUUUUUCAGGAACUGUUCGGUUUAAUCUGGAUCCCUUCAAUGAGCACAAUGAUGCUGAUCUCUGGGAAGCGUUAGAGAGAGCUCAUCUAAAAGAUGUGAUUCGAAGGAAUUCAUUGGGGCUCGAUGCAGAGGUCUCGGAAGCUGGGGAGAAUUUCAGUGUCGGACAAAGACAACUUCUCAGUCUUUCACGAGCAUUGUUAAGGAGAUCAAAGAUUCUUGUCCUCGAUGAAGCUACAGCAGCUGUGGAUGUUAGAACUGAUGCUCUUAUCCAGAAAACAAUAAGGGAAGAAUUCAAAUCUUGCACGAUGCUCAUUAUAGCUCAUCGAUUGAAUACCAUCAUCGAUUGUGAUCGGCUUCUUCUUCUCAGUGCUGGCAAGGUGUUGGAGUUCGACACCCCUGAGAAUCUUUUAUCGAACGAUGGAAGUGCUUUCUCCAAAAUGGUUCAAAGUACUGGAUCUGCCAACGCUCAAUACCUCCGGAGUUUGGUGUUUGUAGAUGGUGAGAAUCGAUCCCGGAGGGAAGAUAUCAAGCGACAAGAAGGCCAAAGGAGAUGGUUGGCCUCUUCCCGCUGGAUAGCCGCCGCCCAAUUUGCUCUCGGUGUCAGCCUGACUUCUUCACAAACCGACCUCCAGCGUCUCGAGAUCGAGGAUGACAACAGCAUCCUUAAACGAACAAAGGAUGCCGUGAUCACAUUGCAAAAUGUUCUAGAGGGGAAGCACGACAAGGAGAUCGAAGAGAAGUUGGAAGAGCAUCAAGUCUCUCGAGACCGAUGGUGGUCUUCGCUAUACAAAGUGAUCGAAGGCCUUGCGGUCAUGAGUAAACUAGCGCGAAACCGACUUCACCACUCGGAUAUUGCAUUCCAAGAUGGAUCGCUUGAUUGGGACCAAAUGUAGAUGUUUUGGCAAUCUAAAGAUUGAUACUUACAAUUCCGUCCUCUCAAUCAAUUGGACUCUACAGUGAGAGAGAGAUCUUAGAGCCAAGUUCUCGAUAUUGCGAAGGACUUAAAACAUGUCAAUUCAAGUGUGGAUCGUGAAUUUGGUUGGAUGAGUUGAUCGAGUUGACCGGCAUGCUCGAUCAAGUUUGCCUAAUUUGCUUAGAUGAAUUUGUCUUGUAGAACAUUUAUUAAGUUGUUAAAUAAGUUGAGUCAAUCGUAUUAGAUAUUAA